CGGUAAUUGCAGUCUCUUUCUCUCGCGUGAGUGACAGUCAGUGGAGGAUUCGCUUUGCCCCGGAGCGACGUCACAGCAAGGUGGAGGAUGAGUGCAAUUUUCCUCGCUCUAUCAUCCAAAGAAAAUACAGACUCCAACACAGUCAGUCGUUCAGACGCCCGUACCUGUAGCCGGUGCAGACAACCAACCCGGACUCGGCUUACUUAUUCAGCGGGGGUUCAUUUGGGCUGUAGUGAGACGACGCGGGACUUAUUGAACUUUUCAAAAUAACUUCGGAUGUCUUUCUCCCUUCUUUUUCAAACUGCUUCGGAGACUUCUUUCUGAGUAUGCCAAAUGAUCUCCCCAUUUUUUGGAUAUCCUUUACUCUCCCGGAGCGCAGACGUUUGGGUGACUUCAUGAGUUCUUCCAUCGAGAUCUUCUCAGGAGGAUGUAGUUGACCGUGACGACAUGAAGAGGUUCACCACACGUCUGAUAGCGGACUUCUCUCGAGUGCCCUCUUGACCGUCCUGAUAACCGCACCGACGCGCUUCUGGCUGAUGGGGCAAACGUCUGGGUGAUGGAGCAAACGUUUGGGUGAUGGAGAAAACGUCUGGGUGAUGGAGAAAGCGUCUGGGUGAUGGAGCAAACCCCGGAUUCCCCAUGUGAAGCUCCAACUUAUUAACAUUCUGCGUGGACUGUACUCAUCGUAGCACACUCGUGUCGGUGAACCUUUACAUUCCCUUCUGAGGAUCUGCGUCGUUUUACCAUGAGGAUCCCAUUGUCCCGGAUCCAACUGGCCCUGUUCUUUAUUCUGCUGUGCCCGGUCAACAUCAUCGGCCUAUGGUGGGCGGUGGGCAGCCCGCUGGUCAUGGACCCCAACAGCAUCUGCAGGAAGACCAAGCGGCUGGCGGGCAAGCAGGCUGAGCUGUGCCAGACGCAGCCCGAGAUCGUGAGUGAGGUUGCCAGGGGCGCGCGGCUGGGGGUCCGCGAGUGCCAGUUCCAGUUCCGCUACCGCCGCUGGAACUGCACCAGCCACAACAAGUACUUUGGGAAGGUGCUGCAGCAAGACAUCCGGGAGACGGCGUUCGUGUACGCCAUCACGGCGGCGGGAGUCACCCACGCCGUCACCCAGGCCUGCAGCAUGGGGGAGCUGCUGCAGUGCGGCUGCGAGGCCACCAGGAGCCGGGCCCCGCCGCGGCCCCCCGCCGCGGGCCCAGGGGAGCCCGCCGGCUCGGGGGAGGGGGGCAAGUGGGAGUGGGGGGGCUGCGGGGACGACGUGGAGUUCGGCUACGAGAAGUCCAAGCAGUUCAUGGACACCAAGCGGCGUCGAGGGAAGAGCGACAUCCGGGCGCUGGUGGACCUCCACAACAACGAGGCUGGGAGGCUGGCAGUGAAGCUCUACAUGCGCAUGGAGUGUAAGUGCCACGGGCUGUCGGGCUCGUGCACGCUGCGCACGUGCUGGAAGAAGAUGGCACCGUUCCGUGAGGUGGGCGACCGGCUGCUGGAGCGCUUCAAAGGCGCCUCCAAGGUGAUGGGUGGCAACGACGGCAAGACGCUGAUCCCCGUGGGCCACAACAUCAAGCCCCCCGACCGCCAGGACCUCAUCUACUCGGCCGAGUCGCCCGACUUCUGCCAGGCCAACCGCAAGACGGGCUCGCUGGGCACGCGCGGCCGCACCUGCAAUAGCACCGCCAUGGACGUGAGUGGCUGUGACCUGCUGUGCUGCGAGCGCGGCCACCGCGACGAGACGCUGGAGUUCGAGGAGAACUGCCUGUGCCGCUUCCACUGGUGCUGCGUGGUGCAGUGCAAGAAGUGCUCUGUGCGCAAGGAGCUCAGCCUCUGUCACUGAGGGGCGAGGGCCGGCCUCCAGCCUCCGUCACUGAGGGGCGAGGGGCUGGGGGAGGGGGGGAGUUUUAUCUGUGCUUGAGAAGAAGGACGUUGGGUUUUCUUUUUGGACAGAUUGUGAGUGGAUCUGUGGAGGAUCGGGACAUAAGUUAUUGAACCUGGAGGCCCAGGUGGACAACAGGAGCUUUGGACAAGACACUGACAGUGUCCUGGUGUGAGACAAACAAACCAGCAAGAGGUCACACAAAGACGCAUGGAUAUAACGGCAUAUUUUAUACAAUAUUUUAUAAAAGUCCCAGUAAAAAAUGGGUGGACUUGUGUUUGAAAUGAGAUGUACACUCUUGAAAAGCAUCUUCACUGAGGAGGAACAAAACAUGAGAUCCAACGUCUCAAACUAAGGAAAAAGGUCACGUUGGUUAUCAGUGUCUUUCUCCUAUCAGACACAUCAGAGAUAUAAUCCCUAACUUCCUUCAUAAAGAUUUCUUAUCUACUCCAAUUCCUUCUGAAUACAACAAGAACAGAGUUGUCUGUUUCCAUUUUGAAUAAAUGUAUUUUAUACACGUCUUUGGCUGCCAACUGAACUGAAAUAUAGAAGAGGAAAAACGACCAACAAUAAAACAUUCACGCAUUUAAUAGUAACCACAUUUUUGCUGUCAGUUUUGGCAACUUGUGUCUCAGACUGUAAAGGCUAGUACAGUACUCAAAGCUGAGCUUUCCUCCCUAUUUAGAUGGUUGUUUUGUAUUCAUACAUCCAUUAUGAUGUCUGCUAUCGUAAUAUCCUCACCCUGCACCAUCUUAUCAAUAGUAUAGUGUGUUGAGAAAAGAAACCACCCGUUUGCAUUCUUCUGUGUUAUUUGAAUGAUGUUGUGUCGGAUCUCAAGGUGUCUGAAUGACAUCACCAUAGGAAGCUCUUGUAUUAUCUUUUCCCUUUCCCAGGAACUGAACAGCUGCAACAUCUUGGAACGCCGGCAUUCCACACUUCCACAGAGAGGGGUGGAAUGCUUGUCUGGAACGGCCCUGUAGAACGCUGACAUAAUCCUGCGUUCUAGAAUGUUUUUUAUCGAUUACGGAGAACAUUCGCACCUCCAACAUUCCAUGAGGAUAUAGGUGGCUGUAACGACAGAGACCCUGUUGGGGUCUCCUGUCUCCGCUGGGUUGGCCACAGGUCUCAUUGAAACAAUAUGCAUUUUGUAUUUUGAAAUGCCUCCUAUGAUAGGAGACGUUAAAAUUCCAUAUGAUAUACUAACUUACUCAAAGACCACAUGGAAUGCAGCAGCUUUCACUAUAUCUUCAUUUUAUCAUGGGCAACUCAUAUAGCUAACAUGAAUAUUAAUACAAAACUUUAUUUUUAAGUGUUUCAAGAAUAUAUGACAAAAGGGUAUUUUUUACACUGUUCUACAAGUUUCCAGAGCGUUAAUCAACAGCAUAUGUGUUAGUGUAACGAUGACAUGCUUUAAGACUAUUAUUUAUAUUAAACUAUGACAACAAGACUACUCACAGGGUGGCUCCCGCAUAUCUCUAGAAAAGCACUUUGGAAAAGCCCACUUGUGGAUUUCAAUACAGCUUUGCUUUUUAAACAAAUGCUCUCUUUUAGGCAUUGACUUCCAUGCACGGGAGAAAAUGAAACAUCCUUUUUUACAUGACAUUUUUUUUGUGUUAACAAAAGGAAAAAUUAUUUUUCUGAUCUCUUGACAUAAAGACGCACACAAACGUAGCGAUGCACUUUUAGCUAUUGCUUGUGUUUGUUCAUGCACGACCACAAGUCUGUGUGUGGGUUUGGAAAUGCGUGCCUGCAAGAUGGCCUGUCAUCUUUUUGUGUUGCUCAAUUGACACCAUAUCCAUACUCUUUUGUUUGUGUGUGUGUGUGUGUGUGUGUGUGUGUGUGUGUGUGUGUGUGUGUGUGUGUGUGUGUGUGUGUGUGUGUGUGUGUGUCUUGAAGCUGUUUUCAGAUGAAAGAUUGCAUUAUUGGGGGGUUAUUGAAAGCACAUUUUACCUUUGACUCUCUGUCGAGUGAUUUUUGUUUGACAGAUAAGAUCUUAAAGUUUAUUUUUAGGAGAGAAUAAACUUCACAAUUCCCUGAUUUUACUACUCUACUACCCAAACUGUGUUAAUUAUUUCAUCUUCCUUGAGUUACAGUCAUAGCUGAUAUUACUACUGUUAUAUUUCUUUUCCAUACUACACCAUGAAAAGAUCUUUAGUGUUUCAUCCAAGAGCCCACAGUUCUCACCAGUUAUCUCUGAACUUCAUGCUCCAAACUAAUUAUAUGCCUAAAAUAAAUGUAAUGUUAUGGUUGACAGCUUGGACAUCUUCCACUCUGUAAACAGUGUGUUUUCAAUAAUUAAAACAUUUUUCUUCUUUGA